AUGUCCGUCUGUCCGCCCGUCCGCCCGCUGGAGCUGCCGCUUCCUCCGCCGUGCCGCGUCAGCCGCGCUCCUCCCGCCGCGGCCGCGGAUGACGGGCUCCCCUCACGGGGCUGCGCGCACCCCGGGGCGGCCACGGGCCACCGCCGCUCCCCGCCGGCGCAGGCGGGCCGCUGUCGCUGUCGGUGCCGCUGUCGGUGCCGCUGUCGCUGUCGGUGCCGCCCCCGCCGCCGGCCCGCCCCGAGCAGCGCCCCCCGGGCGGCGGCAGCCGGGGUCAGGCGGGGACGCGCAGCCGGCCCCGCUCCCGCCCGGGGCCCCGCGGCUGCAGCUGCCCGAGGGAGCGCAGAGCCUGCGGCUGCCGGCUGGCGCGGGAUGACCGCGAUCCAGGCUCGGAUGACCGCGAUCCUCCCGCUAAACCGGCAGAUAAUCGCGGGCGACGCCGUGCUCCCCACACGCGGCACCGGGCUGCCCCUCGGGAGCGGGCUCCGAGCUGACGGCGCUGCCAGGCCGCUGGCAGGGACUGUGCCCCAUCGGGACACACACGGAGCCUGCCCCGCGCCGCUGCAGAGCGCUCACACCCUGGCACUGAAAGCGAUGAUGGCUUUAAAUGCCGAUAUUUUAUCCAUCUGGGCGGCAAAAGCACAUCAGUCGGGCAGGACGGAGGAGAGGGACAUCGGAGACAUCAGCUAGGGUACAGAAGCAUCCUCCUCACUCUGUCCCGUCAGCAUUAUUUUGCCUUUUUUCUCAAUAAUCAGCUUCAGUGCUCAUUUCUCACAGUAGGAUGUGGUAAAAAUAGUUAUCAGUUCGUCUCAAGCAACAUUUGCUAUCUCUCUUUUGGCUGCUUUUCUAUGCUUCCUGGCACACUUUCUUCUCCACAAGUUACCACAGGAUGCAGCACAGCAAAACUCACCUCACCCUUAAUUUGUGCAAUUCAGCCUCAAAACACUUCUAUCAGAUUCAUGGUUCUGGGUAUGGCCAACUGAGGUCCCCGCAUGUCACACUUUAGGAGAUGGCACCAGCUCGGACACUUCACAAAAUGAUGAGAAUUUCCAGGCAGGCCUCAGUGAGAGGAUUUGAGAUGAGGGAGACUUUUCCAAGCACAACCAGGGCACAGGUGAAUUUUUUUUUUGAGUGGUAAUAAGAGGAAGGGAAGAGACUGCUGAGGACAGCACAGCUCUUGCAUCCUGAGAUGCUGGAAAGACAGAGACUAUAGUAUGGGCAAAAGUGAAUCCCAGAGAAUGAGCUCAAUUUGAUGGUCUGGUAUUGUUUAUCUGUUGUCAUACAUCUUAAAAGAAUGAUCCCUAAAUUACAAUGUCCCUUCAGUACAGUUUGGAUAGUUCCUUCCUUCCCAGCUUUCAAUGAAGCAAAAGAGUGAUAUGAAAAAGUACAGCUGAAAGCCACCUCUUUUAGGAAAGACAGGUUGAUUUGUUUAACUACACUCAGGUCAAUGUCUGAACAGCACACCUAAAAGCACCACCAAUACAGAAAGAGAAAACAGAGAAAAAACAGAUUAUGAUGAUGACAUUCUGCUUUUAAAGGAUAACAAAACUCCUGUCAAUAUCAACAGUCUGGUCCACAGAGCGAGGUCAGAGUAAACCCUUUGUGUAGUAACUCAGUAGUUGUGGAUGUGGUGCAUUGUUAUCUUACUAUGAGAAGCCAAACAAAGGGGAGAAACAUCUUUUGUGAGGUCACCAGAACUUCUGCCUUCUUGCUAUACUUUGUUUCAUUCUCCUUCUUGCUUCAGCUAUUUGCAUGUCUCCGCCUUUCAUCCCUUUGCACUUCUUUCCCCCUAGCAACUCUGCCUUCAUACAUCCUACUUCUGCCUCCUCCCACAUGAAAAAGCCACGUAAUAGCACAGGCUGAACUUCAGAGGGAAAUUGCAAAGACAAAUGGUUGUUAGAUGAUGUAGACUUGUAACAAGCGCUCUAGCUAUGAGCCAAAGUAGGGAUGAAAGAAAUAGAGAUUGACCAAGGACUAGUGGAAUAAAAAUUAAAAAACUUUUGAAGCAGAGAGCAGAGUUAUAUAAGGUGACCUUUUACCUUGGCUUUCUGUUGAGCAGACCUGACAGUACAUGCUCAGGCUGGGUAGAUCCCCCACAACCACAUACUAACCAGGCAAUAAAUCAAUGAUUACGUAUCACGAGAAAGGCUUGUUGUGACAUGGAUUCAUCUGCCACUGAAUCCAUGUUCAUGAAGAGGCUCCUGUCUUCAGGCACGUAAAUUCCCUUUUUUUACAGCAAGUUCCUGAAGGAAUUAUGAAGUUCAUCUUCAGGAGGCUAGCUAACAGUUCAUAUUUCUAAUAUUCAUACUAGGUAUAGAACUGAAAAUGCUUUCCUCCAAUAAGGUAGUAUAACACAUUUUAAUGAACAUUUGAAACAUGGACCACAGCAAUUAAGACGAAAUUUUAACACAAAUGUCAAGUAAAAAGAAACUCAAAUGGUUUUUUGAGUUCCACGAACUUAAUUACCAAAUCACAUCUGGGGAUCCCUACCUCUUAUUGUGCCUUCAAGGAAAAAUCAUCUUUUCCAAAGCAUUGCCAUUAGGCCUUUACAACACCCAAGUCACAGCAGGUACAGAGGAGUAGGGUUACUCUUCUCAUAGCCACUACUUUGGGUUGGUUGUGUUUCCUCCACUGUUGCAUGCUUUGAGUUUCAUGCUUUAUUUGUACUUGUCAGUGUCAUGAGUAAAUCUAGAUGGGAUUUUUGCAGAACUGGAGUUCAUGGACAGAUAUUCAGAGGUGUGGAAACAGAGCCAUGUUUCCUAAGCUUAGUUGUUAUUAAAUAAUGGUCAUUUGCUGUUUGAUCCUGGGAUAUGAUGAACAUUGGUGCAAGGUGUUGCCAAGUUUGUGGGUGAUAUUUCAGGGCAUGUAAGCACUGUUGCUUUUCCCCUUUUCCCCUAACUGGGGACAGUUUUCAAGUGAAUAAAUACAGUUCUUUCCCUGGAAUGGUGAGAGGUGUGCAAUUAAGCAUCAUAUCCGCUGUCUAGGUAGGUAGUAAUCACACUUUAUUUUCUUUCCCUUCUUCCAAAACUAAAAUUUGUUAUUCCUCAAUCAUAUCCUCUUACUCAACUGUUGUGACAUAUUGUGUUGCUAUUUCACACUUUAAUGUGUUCUCUGUAAAGUUCAAAUUUAAUCAGACCACGAGGUUAGCUGCCCUUCAGCUUUUGUUGCUGGAUGCACUGUAACACCCAUCCCAUUCACACCACAAUCCUGUUAAAUUUUUGCAUACAAAGCAGAGCAUGUUUUUUGCAUUCAGGAUCCCUGCUGCUGUGAACUAUUUAUCACAUGAAACAUCAGUGAUGUUGGCUACAGCAUCUAAGAGUCAACCUGUACAAGUACAAUUAGCUAAAAUAAUGGAAGACAGUAUAUUUUUCAAAUCUGUAAAAAGCUCUUUUAAAUUAUUUUUAAAUUUAAAAUAGUUUUCAAAAUUUGAAACUAUUUACUUUAAAUAUAUUAAAUUACAAUUCUCAAACAUCCAGCCAAGAAUUAUAAGCUAUUUCUCUACAACAAGAUACAAGAAAAAAGGGCAGUAUGAGAUGUAUUACAAAGGUGAAACAUAAUUGUUAUAUCAAGAUACCACCAAAUAGAAAUCAAAAGGAUACAGCAAACAAAAUAUGAGAGGACAUAUAAUCAUCUUACUCAAUGCAAACUGUAAAAAAAUAAGCAGAUUGUAAAUUAGAGACCCUAAGUCAAACCCUAAGUCUACUUUUGCUUCUUCAACCAGUUGUAUAAAAGGGAAUUGGGAUUAAAUCUUAGUGGUAUAGGGGGGGAAAAGUGACAUGUGAUAUAACAAUGUAAGUUUCCAAGAAGAUGAAAUUGAAUUAACUUACCAAAGUUUCACUUCAAGAAAAUAUCCCACAUAGAAAACAAAUUUAUUUAAUGAAAUGGGUUUUUUGUUUCUUCUCCUUUUUCCUUUCCGUCCUAGCUGUGGUUGCCGUUUUGGGGAACAUGAAAACCCCUGCCUCAUGUGUUUCCCAUGAGUUAUCAGGAAGUAGCAACAAUGAGUCAAUAGCUUUCACAGAUACAAAAUCCCAAAACCUACCACAAAUUCAUGGAGGUGUUCCUAUCUGUAUUAAUAUAGGAGUUAGGGUCUAAAACCUUUAAAAAAAGAGAAUAAGCCCUUUGAGUGGGCAAGAUUAUAAGACUGUAAGGAAGCUGUAAUCCAUUUCCAAGUGAAGUGGAAGGGUUACUAAAGUUUCUAUAUGUGAAUUCUUUUAUAUAUGUGUCAACUGGAAGUGUUGUUACUUAAUGCUUACUCAUCAUUAACAGGCAGUCUUUCCAGCUCUGCUGAUAGCAAAAGUACAACUUAAAAAUUAAAUAAAAUUUUUGUUUUCCUUUGGUUUUGUUGUUCUGCUUUCUUAUCUUUUCUGUCUUCUGUUCUAUGAACUCUUCUGCCCUGUAAUGCAAUUCAAAUGCAACCAGACUAAGGAAAUGGAUGACAUGUCAACCAUAUGGCAAAAUGGGAAAGAACUGAAGUAACUAAAUUUUUUUUUGUUUUGUUUUAAUCUUGCACACAGACAUAGGCAUAGUGAAAUUUAGUGGGCAUACAAUGAAAGGGUAGCUGAACUGUGCAAGUGAGUAGGAGAUAUCUACUAUACCCUGAAGUCUUCAGUGUGCUGUAACUCUAGGCUAAAAGCAUCCAUUCUGUAAUCAAAUUUUGCAGAGCUCCAGCAGGAAAGACCCAGCAAGUGUCCCAGGUGUUCUGACCAGCAAUCCAUGGAUCUGCUGUCAGUAGAGAAUAUUUCAAACAUCAGUAGCUUUCUGCAUCUGAGGUAAUUUAUUUGUUGGUGGCAACUGCUGGAAGUUUAUGAGAAAUCCUUUGGCACACCAUAGGAGAUGGCUGCUUGUUUGGGAAGAGUUUGGAGUGUAGGGAGUGACCAAGGCACAGUAAUUAAAGUAGGGAUUAGAUAAACCUAAAUCAGUAUUAAACCAGUGGUAAAAAUGGUUCUCCACUUUAGAGAAUUUUUAGAUCCUAUCUAUUCCUAAAGAUUUAUUUGUCUUUCCUACACCUAGACUUGAAAGACAAUGCUUUGGGUGCAGUUACAUAUCCUCUACUUUCUUCUCUGUGUUAUUCUGGCAGCUGCAGUAGGUUUACCUGCAGAAGGCCUUCUUUGAGGGGUCUGGUAUUGUGCAACAAGGAAGAGGCAUUGUUGUAAUUCCCUUUUGAGGAGCUGGUGUUUCCCACUCUGCCAGACUGCUGCCAGACCCUGUAUCAGAGGUUCCACAUGCAUUUCUUUCUUCCCACACUGCAGAGAGCAGGUGAAGUGCUUUGGAAGAGCCGAGUUGGAAAUGAUGCUCUUGGAGGGGUAACAGCUUCAGUCAAAUGUUUUUUGCUCUGUAGGUUACUAUAGCACUAGCUAAACCUUUCAGCUCUGCUAACCCACAUAUCAAAAGGUAAUCUCUCAGUCUCUUUUUCUCAAACUCUAAUUUAGCUUUUUUUCUAUUUUUCAAUGUAGCGUGUUUUUGUUUGUCUUCGUCAGGAACACUCCCCUGAAUUUCACCUUGAGCGCUGGGCUGUCUACUCCUGGUGUAAACAGGAGGUGAACAAAGCUUAACAGGACAAAGAGGAGUGGAUUUAUCAAUCAUAUUCACAAAUAGGAAGCACAGCAGUAUCGGAUCAGUACAUUUUCUGCCAGCUUGAUUGUAAAGUGCAGUGUGAGAGGGUACCAAAACUCACAAGUGCCAAGAUCAGACAGCUAUCCCUUCUUCUCCUGUGUAUGCUCUGCCCUCACUGAGAGAAAACAGUCACUUGAUCCACUCGCCUCAAGAGUUCCGGACCUCAGAACAGGCACUCACGUUCUCCAAGUGCAAAUCACGGUGUCCUGUCAUCCUCCAGCACAAAACGUUCUUCGAGAGCAGCAUCUGUCUUGGGAACCCCCACGCUUGCCAGGCACAAAUGAAUUACCAGCGCGUUCUCUCUUCUGUCUUCAACUCUGAAAAACACAGGCUCUCAACCUGUUAAAUACUUCCAAACUUGAAGCAUAAUUGCAAGCCAGGCGUCACUGCUAUGUGCUCUCUGUCAUUGGAAGGCAGUAGAAGAGGGAUGUGGAAGUUAUUCAGUUGGAUGUAUCCAGGACACGAGUUACCAGCCCAGGUCCCCAGGAUAAGUCAGAACACUGCUGGGCUGCACGCUGCCUCUGAGGACCAGGAGAAGAGGAGGCCUGUGACCAACACCCCUCCGGAAUUCCGCAGCUGGAAACUUCUGUCAUUGCUCUUCCAAAGAAACAAGUGCCUCUGAAAAAUAAUUGCUUUGACCUGGGAAUGACCCAUUUCCUGAGGGUAAAUGACAAAGAAGAGACAGAAUAGCACUGGGUGAAGAUCAAACUGAAGUUUUUACAUCUUCCAUCCUGGUCCUGAAAUGAAUGCCCAGUACUUUGACUGUCAGUGCUUGGCUUUCAUCAACGAAGUGGCACAAGUUCAGGUAUGUCCUGUUGCUGACAAUUAAUCACUCUUCUGACCCAUUACAAAUAGACUUAACUUUGUAAUCAGUGUGAUCUUCAAUCCUACUUGCUUGACUGUGAUGUUGUUGUUUGCCUGUGAAAACAGCACGGCUCUUGCCAUGAUAUCUGGUAGGACUCAUUGCUACACUCUGCAGGGUACUUUCCAACCAGGCAGACACUGUAUUUCCUGAAUUUUCCUUUAAGACUGCUUAAAGAUUUAGUUACUUGUGUAAUCUGUAUUCAGCGUUACAACACAGAACUUCCUUAUCCUGUUUGCCAGAUACAGUGUAUAAAGCUUGUAAAUAAAGAUGCAUUUAAUUUCCAUAAAUUAUUAGUUUGCCAGAGAAUUGUGAUUUUUAUCAAAGAUUCUGUAAUAAAAGUUUAUUGUUGAAGAAAUUGCUUGGGCAAUCAAUCAUGAUCAUAAGUCUGCAUAUAGUUGGAAAACUUAUAAAUGUCAUUCAUCAAAAAUAUCCAUGUUAAUUAGGGUCAAGCCACCAUAAAAGAUAGAUUCCUCUACUGAAUAUAAUUUAUCAGUGAAAUUAAUG